UUUACGCAAUCGCCGACAAGGACACGGAGACCUGUAAAGAACAUUCGGAUUUCGACUCGUUAAGGGAUGAGGGCGGUGCAUAGGGCCGCCCUUAGGUACGUGGGCGGCCUCCCCAAAAGAGAAGGAAUAAGACAACAGGAGAUAAACUUACAGAAGAGAGAGCAACAGCGUGAGUUGAGUUCAUGGCACCCACGGGACAAAAGACUUGAGGAAGGGAGAGUCAAUGGCCCAGAGCAGCGGUUACUCCUCGUUCCACCCCCAGCCUGGCCAAGCCCCUUUCCCAGUCGGACUCUCAUGGGGGGAGCGUUAGGGAGCAAGAAAAAGGAGUAUUCGGAGAGGCGCAUCCUUGGAUAUUCUAUGAAUCAAAUGUAUGAUGUGGUGUCAGAGGUUGAAAGCUACCACAAAUUUGUUCCUUACUGCAAGAAGUCGGACGUGAAGUUGCGUCGGCCUGGAUUUCUAAAGGCAGACCUGACAGUUGGAUUCCCACCUGUUGUGGAAUCGUACACGUCCAGCGUCACGCUAGCAAGGCCUCACCUUGUUCGAGCAGUCUGUACUGAGGGAAAACUUUUUAACCAUCUCCUUACUAUCUGGAAAUUUGCUCCUGGUCUUCCAGGACAGCCAAACACCUGCACCCUAGACUUCUCCGUCUCCUUUGAGUUCCGCUCCAUGCUCCACUCCCAGCUGGCCCACGUCUUCUUCAAUGAGGUGGUGAGGAAAAAUGUAAACUCUUUUCUGGCAGAAGCCCAAAGGCGAUAUGGCAAGCAGUCCAUCCGAGCCCAGCAGCCACGCAUCACACAAAUGACAUGAGGACAGUAAUUCUAGGAAACUUAGAAAAUAUAUUGAUGUAAGAGAAAAGGAGAGAUAUUUAUUGUUUGCUGCGUAAUGAUAAGUCUCUGUAUAGUUUUCAUUGUUAUUAUUAUCUGUAUAUUUUUUUUUCUUUAUAUUCCACUUAUAUAAUCCAUAUUUGAAUGACAGAAAGAGUAUGAUAUAACUGAUUAUUUUUUUAAGGAUUUUAAAGAUGCUAUAAUUUUAACAUUAGAGUUUGUAUGCAAACAUAUAAAUAUGUAUGUAAACCUAAUUUACUUACAAUUAAAGCAACCAUUUAUUUAAACAGUUUUUUAUUUGUUAUCUUGUAAAUGAAGACUGUAGAUGAAACCUGUAGAUAUAUUGAACUUUCAUCAAUAAGGCCAAAUGCUGAAAUCUAGAAUUUUGGUCAAAAUAUAGGUGGAUAAUUUUUUUUUUUUUUUUUUCACCUUUCUUUUUUUUCCUUUUUUUUCUUUUUCUUUUUCAUUUUUCUUUUUUCUUUUUUCUUUUUUUUUUCUUUUCUUUUCUUUUAUGAUGUCUCUACAAAAUAAAAAUCUAUGCUAUAUUUAGAUAAAUUCCUUCUAGUCAUAAUAACUUUUGGGAUUUCUGUAGAAUAAAAAGAUAUUAUCAUUACCAGUGUGAUGCUCUGAUGCCAUAUUUUGACUUAUUACUAGGUAUUGUUAAUAUUGGAAGAGAAACAAGCUCUCUACUUACUGUGUUUGAAUUACCACUGAUGUUAUUGCAUUAUACUCAUUAUGUAUUUGUUAUCUUAGGAGUCUACUUAUUAUUGUACUAUUAUUAUUAUUAUUAUUAUUAUUAUUAUUAUUAUUAUUAUUACUGAUCAUUAUUUUCAUCGUUAUUAUUGAUAUUAUUAUCAUUAUUUAUUAGUUAUAUUAUUAUUAUGGCUAUUAUUAUUGUGGUUAUCACUAUUAUAAUUGUAUUUAUUAUUAUUAUUAUUAUUAUCAUAUUCAUUAUUAUUGUUAUUAUUAAUAUUAUAGUUAUUAUAUUAACACUUUCUAUAAGUAUUAUUACUACUGUUAUUUUGGUUGAUAUUGCAAACUUCCAAGAACGUUUACUUUUGAAUGGCCAUGUACAUACUCUAUGUAAAUAAGAAAUAAGAGCCGUAACAAGUU